AUGGAUGAAAAGAAAGUGAAACGACGAACCAGCAAGACGAGAUUUACUCGACAAAGAAAAGUGUUUGAACAACACGUAAAGCAAGAUUCUUCCAUAGAAGAACUCACAGAAGAAUUCCAGAAACUUGAAGUUUUCUUCAUGGAAUUGCAGAACAGACACGAUGAGUAUUGUGAGACAAUAGAAGAUGGCGAUGAAUAUGAGCAGGAGGAAGAAUACAUUCAAAUCUGUAUGGAUGACUUCCAGCAGAUAAAGCUGAAACUGAACCAGUUAAGAAAAUCUCAACCAAUCAAGUUGGCUGAAAAUCCGCCUGAAAAAAGUGUUGCUGUACCAACGGACCAUGAUGCAUCCCAAAGUACCGACUCCAACACUCAGCCAGAAAACAGCACUGCUGAACCGCAAGCUGAGCAGUCCUCUUCCCCACCGAAACCAGCGUUGGCUGAAGUAGAACAGCAGCAGACACCAAAAACCAGUACUGCUUCAUGCAAGUUGAGACCGAGGUUGGAGAGACCCAAGAUGCCAACAUUCAAUGGCGAUGUCAGGGAUUAUCACACAUUCAAAGAUGACUUCAAGCACAUGAUAGAUCCGAUGUACAGUCCGAGAGACGCUGUCUCUAUUCUGCGGAACAGUUUAACUGGCAAGCCACUGGAGUUGCUGAAGGGUAUCGAAACUGAAUAUAAUGCAUGUUGGGAGUACUUGGACAUGUACUAUGGUGAUCCAAUGGUCAUUUCAGACACAGUGGCCCAGGAUCUGACCAAGUUUAAAGCGCUUAGCAACGGAGAAGAUGGGCGCUUUUGUGAGUUUGCUCAACUUGUUAGGCGCAGCUUCAACGUCCUGAAACAAGUAGGGAAGGAAUCAGACAUGAAUAAUAAUCACAUGUUGGCCAUGAUCGAGAAGAAACUGACGCCAGAAGACAGGAAGGUAUAUGCCCGCAUUGAACAGCAGAGCAGUGAACAGGCUAAUCUCGAGGGACUUCUCAAAUUCCUUGAGAACGAGACGAAAACCAGAAGACGGGUAUCUGCCUCCAUUAGGAGUAUGAAUACAACACCUCAGCAAGCCCGAGUGUAUCUGACCGAAGGGCGACCAACCACAUCAAUAAGGUGGAAAAGGUGCUGGGGGUGUGAAACUGAUAGUCACUGGCCUGAUCAGUGUCCUGCCAUACUGAAAUUGACUCCUGAAGAGAGGUGGCGAAAGGUGAAAGAUAUUCGUGCAUGUUUUUCCUGCAUGAAGCGGGCCGGCAAAGGGCACAAUAUAAGUACCUGUAACAGAAAAAUUAAGUGCACUAAGUGUGAUUCCCAGCAUCACCAUCUCCUACACAAAGUGAAAGCCGAAUCUUCAGCGGCACCCAGUGCUCACGUGAUGGCGUGCAACACCAAGUCAGAAUUUACUGAUGUUGCACUACCCUUGCUGACGACUGAAAUUGGGGCACUUCACAAGAAAAUAACUGGAAACAUUGUGUUUGACUGUUGUGCAAGUGUAACCCUGGUCCGAGGGGCAACUGUACAAAGACUUGGGUUACAAGGUAAAAGCAAACCAAUCAGCAUCGACAUCACCACUUUGGGUGGAAGGACCGAAACUCAUGUAACCAGGCUGCAUGAGAUCAACGUCUACCGUGGAGAAAAGAUAUAUAAAGUGUCAGCAGUAGAAGUUCCCGAAAUAACUACAGUGCCUCCACUACCUGAGCAGUGCAGAGAAAAGGUCGAAAGCCAUUUGGGAACGACAAUUAGACGUGGUUUUGGACAAGUUGAUAUACUUCUAGGUGUUGAUCAUCCUGCUAUGCAUGGCGGUAAGACAAAGAAAAUAGAUGACUAUGUCUUGAGAGAUUCUCCACUUGGCUGGGUAAUUCUCGGAUCAUCUAGUGAGGCGACAGCAAGAACGUCCACUGUGCUACACAUAAAGGUCACCGACAAGACUGACCUCAGUGAGUUUUGGUCUACUGAGGCGAUGGGGGUGAGGUUCAAGAACUGUAACUGUAAGCCUUCAACUGACAAGCUGUUGACUCCAAAUGACCAACGCCAGUUUGACAAGAUUUGGGAGUCCUGCGAGAAAGAGGACAACCGAUGGCUAGUUCCCUACCAAUGGAAAAGGGACCCAAAAGAGCUCCCCGACAACAAGAGGCAGGCAAUGGCUAAGCUAUUGUCCAUAGAGAAGAAGCUACAGAAAGAAGGGAACAACGCUCAACUGUAUGAUGAUCAGAUGAAAGAAAUGGAGAAAAAGAGAUUUUCGAGAAAGCUAACCACCGAAGAAAUGAAGAAGUAUGACGGUCCGGUCCAUUACAUCUCCCACCACCCAGUAAUUCGUCCUGAGAAAAAGAGCACACCUGUUCGCAUCGUCUUCAAUGCCUCUGCUAGCUUCAAUGGCCAUCGACUGAAUGACUACUGGGAAAAAGGACCUGAUCUCCUCAAUGAUCUCUUUGGGGUCUUAUUCCGGUUCAGACAGUUUCCGAUUGCUGUGUCAGGCGACAUAGCAAAGAUGUAUCACCAAGUCAGAAUCCCCGAGCGUGAUAAACACGUCCAUAGGUUCCUUUGGAGGAGCUAUGAAGACCGAGAACCUGAUGUAUAUGUCAAGGAGGUGGUAACUUUUGGCGACAUGCCAGCACCAGCUAUGGCAUUGACUGCAUUGAAGAGAACAGCUGCCGAAGGAGCCAGAGACUACCCUGAGGCAUCUAGAGUUUUGGACUGUGACACAUACAUGGACGACAUAUGUACCUCUACAAGAUCCGUUGAGAAAGCUACACGUCUAACUAGCCAAAUUGAUGCAGUCCUGAAUGCAGGUGGUUUCAAAGUAAAAGAGUGGGUGUCAAAUGCAAAUUUGGCAGAAGAGAAGCCUGAAGAGAGACCAAUCGCCGGACACACAUCUACAGAAGAGCAGAAAGUUUUAGGCGUUGUAUGGAACCCAGAGACAGACAGACUGAAAUAUCAAGUUAAAGCAGUUGCCCUGAAAGAAAGAGAUGUCAUGACCAAGCGAAUGAUUCUGAGUGAACUGGCCAAGGUAUUUGACCCCAUUGGGUUUACUGGUGCCUUCCUGAUCCGAGGUAAGAUCCUGAUGCAGAAGCUGUGGCAAAUGGGUGUCGAUUGGGAUGACGACUUGCCUCCAGAACCAAAGGCUAAAUGGAGGAACUUCUUCACAGAACUGCAGAGCUUGAAUGGAGUAUCAUUUGAUCGAUGCCUGAUGCCAGAGCCAGACUUUCCUGUGGAGUUAAUAGUGUUUUGCGAUGCAUCCGAAGAUGCAUUUGGCGCAGUUGCCUACACGAGAUCAAAGAAUGAGAACGGUUCGUUUGAUGUGAGAUUUGUGGCUGCAAAAUCGAGGGUAGCUCCACUCAAGGCCCUGACGAUUCCGAGAUUGGAGCUACAGGCAGCACUGUUGGCUACUAGACUCUAUGCAUCAGUAGUCAGGGAGACAUCAAAUGAGUUUGAGAGAGCCAUAUUCCUGUCAGACAGUGUGAUUGUCCUAUCAUGGAUACGUGGCCAAUCACGACAGUACAAGUCCUUUGUUGCAAACAGAGUGGCGGAAAUUCAGAGCCAAACCGAUCCUUCUGACUGGAGGCAUGUCCCAGGAGAGCACAAUGUUGCAGACAAGAUUUCAAGAGGGGUCAAAGUCGAACAAUUACAAGGCACCUGGAAGGACGGGCCAGGAUUCUUAAGAGAACCAGAAGAAAAUUGGCCAAAGUCGCUCCCCAAGGCUGAAGAAAGGGAAGUAAACAGAGAAAAGAAGGAGAAAACUGUGCUAAUGGUGAAGGAAGCGGCAGAUGCAAUAGACUGCAACAAGUUCUCCAGUUGGAGAAAGUUGAUCCGUGUGACUGCAUAUGUCUUCCGUUUCAUCUCGCAUCUGAAAUCGAAGCAGAGAGACCAUGACGGUUCGUUAACAGUUGAAGAAUUGACCUCUGCUGAGAACCACUGGCUGGUUGAGGCCCAGAAAUCACUUCAUGGGCGACUUGAGAAAGGAGAGUUUAAGUCACUUAGUCCAUUUGUGAAAGACGGGAUGACCUAUGUUGGAGGAAGGGGUCAUCUUGGAAAACUUUCUUAUGACAGACAGCACCCUGUGCUACUCCCCAGAAGCCACCACAUAUCAUACCUGAUCACGAAGAAUGUCCAUGAGCGAGGGCACUACGGAGUGGCGACGACAGCAACCAAGGUCAGAAGCAAGUACUGGGUAACCGGCGGAACAAGCUUGGCAAAGAGUGUAAAAUUCAGGUGUGUCAUGUGCCGGGUUUUUGAGCGCAAAACAGAAAUACAGUACAUGGCCAAUCUGCCUAUUGAGAGAAUGGCACCGUUUACACCACCUUUCUACUACACGUCUUGUGACUAUUUUGGACCGUUUGGUGUGAAAGUAGGCCGAAACAAAACAACAAAGCACUACGGGGUAAUUUUUACCUGCCUAAAUACGCGAGCCGUGCAUCUUGAAGUUGCCGUUGAUUGUUCGACGAUGGAAUUUCUUCAAGUCCUUAGAAGAUUUCUUGCUGUACGAGGUCACCCGAAGCUGAUUCAGAGUGACAAUGGAACCCAGUUUGUAGGGGCAGAAAGACAGUUGAGAGAGAUGGUUAAUGGGUGGAAUGUGACCAAGUUGAAGGACUUUUGUGCUGAGAGACAAAUAUGCUGGAAAUUCACAACACCUCUUGCACCACAUCAGAAUGGAUGUGCGGAAGCCUUAGUGAAGAGCUGUAAGCGAGCUCUUAAGAAGGCUAUUGGAGAACAACGGUUGACCCCAUUUGAGCUUCAGACGUGUCUGCAAGAAGUGGCGAAUCUUGUCAAUGAAAGGCCCAUUGGCAGGCAUCCAACUGAUCCUGAUGAUGGCAGCUACAUCUGUCCGAAUGAUAUUCUGCUUGGUCGAGCAUCAAACAGGGUACCCCAGGGGCCAUUCCGAACUAGCAGGAAUCCCAGAGAGAGAGUUGAGUUUGUUCAACAAAUUGUGACGUCCUUCUGGAAAACCUGGAUAAGGGAUGUUCAUCCAGCUCUUGUUCCAAGGAAGAAGUGGUGUGUCCACAGACGGAAUGUUUGUGUUGAUGACGUGGUUAUUCUUGCCGAGCCGAAUCUUAUCCGAGGGAAGUGGAACAUUGGAAGAGUAACUGAGGUCUACCCAGGAGAAGACGGACAUGUGCGCAAUGUCAAGGUAACCACAGCUCAUGGAGAUUAUCGCCGACCAAUAACCAAGAUCGCAGUUAUUUACCCGGUUGAAGGAUAUGAUAACUGA